AUGGCUCUCUGCUUCACUCCUCAAAAUCAUAUGAUGCGUGUGGUAGCCAUAGCAGUGCUGCACCUGCUACAGCUCAUGGCUGUCACACCAGUGCUCCACGCAGCCACCAACAUAGCAUUGCCUGAUUGCAUUAGCAAGUGCGGCGAGGUCAGUGUACCUUACCCGUUCGAUAUUGGCGCUGGUUGCUACCGUGAGGGGUUUCAGCUCACCUGCAACGAGACCUACAACGUCCCUAAGCUCUUUGUGGGCAAUACCAGAGCUGAGGUGCUUGACAUAUCUCUGCAUGAUGGGAAGCUGUACAUUAAUAAUGGUGUCGUCAGUGUGACAGGGAGCAAUAGGUACAGCAUGACAUGGGAGAUCCCUCUUCACAACACCAUCUUCACGGUGUCCUCGGUGUGGAACAACUUCCUCGUCAUGGGUGAGCAUCCUGCAGUAGCCACUGAUGGUUCGUGCUCUGGGGUUGGCUGCUGUGAGGCAUCCAUGCCAGGAGCAGGCAGUUUAUAUUCCAACGAGCUUGCCUCUUUCCAAGCAAGAAACCACAUGAUCAUGGAAGAGCAACCAUUCAAUGCUACUGUGGUCUUAGUGGAGAAACAAUGGCGGGACAAGAACGACCACUCUGUGUUGUUACAGAAGGCGGUCUCAGAUGGCUCCGCCCAGUCAAUGCAGAUAAAGACUGCUGUCAAGUGGAGUUUCAGCAACCUGUCUUGUGCAGAUGCUCAGAGUUCAAGUGAUUAUGGUUGCCGCAGCUACAAUAGUUACUGCCAUGAUCACUGCACUGGCGAAUCAUAUGGGUCCUUUUGCCGUUGCAGCUAUGGAUAUGAGGGCAACCCUUACAUAGUUAAGUUCUAG